AUGGCGAGCAUACUAUCUAAGCGGCUUGGGAAGAGGUCUCUACUGGGUGCCCGGGUGUGUACUACCCCGAUGUUAUCUGCAGAUGGCAUGACUGUGGAGUCGGCAGGAGAUCUUGCCGUUUCAGCUCAACUGGGAGCUUAUGAGGGUGGAUGCUACAAAGAGUGCUUGGAGGAGGCCAUGUGUCCCACCAACUUGUCCACCAACCGCUUCAAGCUGUACCCAGGACAAAAGGUGUACAUCACCCACAAUGGCAAGGAAUGGGUUGGCUUGGUGGAGCAGCACAAUCACGUUGAUGAUGAAGUGAAGAUUUUUGUUCUGGAACUGGGGCUCCACCUGUGCAGAAAGACUGAGGACGUCCGUCUCGUGGAGACCCCCAAAGCCAUGGGCAUACUGAUGGAGCAGACUCUUUCCACCAGUCCUGCGGGGCCCAUCAACGUGGCUCAGAGAUCCGUGUCCCGCAGCAUUGAUGUCCCCAAGAGGAGAUCAGAUGCUGUAGAGAUGGAUGAAAUGAUGGCAGCCAUGGUCCUGACCAGCUUGUCCUGCAGCCCAAUCGUCCAGAGCCCCCCCUGCUGUGACCUCAUUCCAACCCCUCAAGUAACCUGUGACCUCUGGAAGGAAAGCGGAGAUGUGUCGGACAGUGGCAGCAGUACAACCAGCGGGCACUGGAGUGUGGAGUGUGGUGCCUCUACGCCUUCCCCUCCUCACACCGAAGCCAGCCCCAAGUAUACAAACGAGGCGUUCAACGCUUCCCAUGUGGAUGAAGGUUUUGAGACCGACCCUGAUCCGUUCCUUCUGGAUGAGCCUGCUCCACGCAAGAGAAAGAACUCUGUGAAGAUCAUGUACAAGUGUCUGUGGCCAAACUGCGGGAAGCUCCUGCGCUCCAUCGUUGGCAUUAAGCGCCACGUGAAAACCCAGCACCUUGGAUGA